AUGUCAACAUUGCCCAGGUUUGUGGUGAUCAAGUCGAACUACAAUGACAAAUAUUUGCGAUUCAAUAUUGAUGCAGAUGAGAAUCUGAAGCGAGUCAUGCCAGCUGCAAGGUAUAUCAAUUUCACAGGAGAGGAAGCAUGGAGCGAAUACACAAAAUUUGAAGUGGAGAAGGUAAAGAGUAAUGGGAAUGAGGGACUAGUGCACAUUAGAUGCUGCUACAACAACAAAUACUGGGUGAUGCCUGCUUGUGGUUAUACUCAGAUUGUUGCUGGUGCUGAUGAACCAGACGAAGACAAAUCCAAGUUCUCGUGUACCUUGUUUGAGCCUAUCUACGCAUAUGAUGAUAGUCUCCCGGUUCAUGAUGCCAGAAGUACUAAUUAUAUAGUACUCCGAUUCCGCCAUGUCCACAAUGGAAAGUACGUAGCAUUGGUACAAAACAAUCCGAAUGACAAAUACUGGGGUUUCAUAUACACGUAUGGGGAAUCGCCUAGCCAGAAGUUUAUGGAUGUGUUCAUGGUCAUCGACUGGGAAUCAUUGGUGCCAGUCAAGUUACUUCCCAAGCAUGUGGCGUUCAAAGGCCGUAAUGGCAACUACCUCAGUGCCCGCUUGAUCGACCAACAACCACAUCUGCUGCAGUUCGAAUCCAUCGACAUUGAAGAUCCAUCUGUGGGAAACGAGGUCUUCACCAACGCUGAUGGAACUGUCCGCAUAAAGUCCAAUUCCUCGGGGAAAUUCUGGAGACUUUCCAAGAACGACUGGAUAUGUGCCGACUCAGAUGACUCCAGCGACAAUGAUUCCGACACCUUGUUUUGGCCGAUCAAAGUAGGUGACAAUGUCAUUGCUCUCCGCAGCAUACGCAACAAUAAUUUCUGCAAGAGAUUUACCAUCAGCACAAUUACUAGCAGUCUCAAUGCAAAUGCCCCCACUAUUGACAAAGAGGCGUACCUUGAGGUGGAAGAGGUUCUCCCCUUAUGGAGGGAUAUCAGUGGUAUUUCUCUUCGCCUCUAUCGUGCAAGGAUCUACAACCAACACGUUGUUGAAAUGGCCGUGGGAGAGGUCGUUAACCGUACCAAAGAAUCUUACCCUGUAGAGGUAAAGCUUUCGUAUACACAAACAACGAGAAGUACUUGGAAGUACUCUAGCGUCUUGUCGAUUUUGAAGUUGCCUGGUGUCAAGAGCAGUACCAAUACCGCAAUUCCAAUAAUUGCAGACGAUAACAAGGUGAAGAUUGGAUUUACUGGAACAGCUCAAUUUGGAGAAACUGAGACAGUCACAAGUAGUCAAAAGGAGGUUGUGUAUAAAGAUGUUCUACAAGCAAUGACUAGGGUGAAGGUGAAGUAUGUAGCAACCGAGGCUUCAUUUGAUGUUCCCUUCUCCUACACACAGCGCGACACUCUCAUGAGCGGGGAAACAAUUACUAGCAACAUAGACGAUGGUGUUUAUACUGGUGUCAAUACCUUCGACUUCAAGUUCGACACCACAGAAGAAAAGCUUUGA